AUGGCUCUCAGCUUCUUUAGUGGCGGCGGGAGUGCAAGCAAUGCCAAGUAUUUCGAUAUCCGAUUGAACGAGGACUACAUUGUCUUCCGUGGCGGCGAACAUGAGGCUGCCAGCGCUCACCUGAAGGGGACCUUAGUCCUCUGCCUGUCGGAGCCCCUCGCGAUCAAGCACAUCCGAUUAGAACUGACGGGAAUGUCUCGUGUCUGUUGGCACCUACCAUCCAGCUCGACCGCCGGCGGCCGAAAAUCUUGGAGAGAGCGAGUGUUCUACGACAAGACUUGGAGAUUCCGGGACCCCGGCAAGGGCAAGACCGAAAUCCUGGCGGCAGGCAACUACGAAUAUCCAUUUGACGUGGUUCUCGAGGGGUCCAUGCCGGAGAGCGUGGAGGGGCUGUCGGAGACUUGGGUCAUGUACCGCUUCAAAGCCGAGAUUGGUCGCAAGUACGCCAAGGACAUCGUGGCUCGCAAGCCCCUGCGCAUUAUCCGGACCCUCGACCCGAGUGCUCUGGAGCUUUCACAUGCUAUGUCUGUGGACAAUAUCUGGCCGAACAAGAUCGAAUACUCCAUCAGCACUCCGACCAAGGCGGUCAUUUUCGGAACUUCGAUUCGAGUGGAUUUCAAAUUGAUACCGCUAUUGAAAGGCCUGCGCAUCGGACAAACUACAUCACAAUUGAUCGAAAGUCACGACCUCACCCUCAACCCGGAAGAUCCCGACUCUAUUCGCAAUACCUACAAAAUCACUCGCACGAUCCUGACCGAUGAGCACGAUGUGGAUCAGGAUAAUAUCGAGGUCAUCGACGAGGCGGCCGAAGGCUAUCAAUUUACCCGUUAUCUGGACAUGCCAUCAACAUUGACCAGGUGUCUACAAGAUACAGACACGAAGGGCAUCAAGAUACGUCACAAGUUGAAGUUCCGCAUUCAACUCCAUAACCCCGAUGGCCAUAUUAGUGAGCUACGUGCCACGCUUCCAGUGUCAAUCUUCAUCUCCCCCAACGUCGCCCUCGAUGAUAACAACAAUAUCCGUGAUCCAUCCGCUCAAACCGCUCACUCGGCCCAUCAAAGACGAGCCGCAGAUGAGUUCGCUGCUCACCAGGCUCCUCCUCUAUACGGAGAACACCAGUUCGAUCAAUUAUACAGCGAGGUGGAUCCUAAUGGCUACCGCACCCCUGGGCCCGGCAGUGGACCAAACACACCCUUCGGUCCCCUCAGUCGGAAUAUCUCAGCCGACAACCUGGCCUCCAUGAACGCUUUGACAAAUACUGAUAUUUCGGCUUCCGCUUUGCAUAGCCGUCUUUCGAGUCUUAACAAUGCCGCUCGCCUGGGUAACCUGUCGCCCAAUGAGCCAUCAAAUGACCCCCCUGCGGAGAGCCACCCCAACUCAAGACAGCUGAAUGUUCAUUUCAAUGAUUACUUCGGUCCAUCGUCUGGUUCGAAUUCGCACAGCCCGGGCAGCCCUGAGCUCUCUCGCCGAACCUCUGAUGAGGUGGAUCACGAGCACAUCCCAUCGGGUAUGGCGACUCCUUUCCACCCUCAAUACGCUGAGGUGGAGACUCUGAGCCGAGUUCCCAGCUAUUCAACUGCAGUUCGUGCUACCGUGGGCUCUUUUGAUUCGCACCUCCCCGACUACAACGCCGUCAUUGCGAGCAGCCUGCCGACCACACCGCUGCUUCAAUCUCCGCAACAGGCCUACCUUCGAAGUGGUCGCAACAGUGGCCGGGCCAGUGGUAUCUCUACGCCAUUAGAGGUGAAUCGAUCUGGCUAUUUCAACCCAAACGGCGUCAAUGCUGAUGAUGCCGAACGCAGACUCCGCUUAGUACAAGCCCGCGCUAGAUAG